CCCCUUCCCCACCCCAGGACUCUGGUUUGGCUGCAUUGGCUCGCGCAGUCCCAGCUGGUCCGCGGGUCGCGGCCCCGCCCGGCCUGUCACGGAGCCCGGCGCUGCGGGGGAGAGUUGUGAUAUGCUUUUGAUGAGUCAUACCUUUGGUGAAGAUUACCUUUGGCUGGACGGUUCUAGUUAUUCAGAAAAUAGAAACACUGGUGAGGACUGAGAAAGGGACAAUGAAACAGCUCCAUAAAAAGAGGAAGCGUAACAUAGAUUCAAAGGACCAUCUGACUCAGGAGACAGGCAGGGAACAAGCUAAAGAUGACAAGAAACAGAAGAAUGGCAUGACCACUUCCUGUCUUGUAAGUUUAGCUGCUGGACUGGAGACUUGGUCUUGGGAUCAGUACUUAAAGGAACAGAAUGCUGUAGCAGCCCCUGCUCAACUUUUUUCUAGGGAUCAAUCCUUUCCUGAGCAUGAAAAUGGUUUUCAAAUUGGAAUGAGAUUAGAAGGCAUUGACCCCCAGGAUCCAUCUAAAUUCUUUGUGCUCUCUGUAGCUGAGGUAUGUGGUUAUCGCCUAAGACUUCACUUUGACGGCUAUUUAAGCUGCUAUGAUUUUUGGACCAAUGCAGGUUCCUGUGAUAUUCACCCAGUGGGGUGGUGUGAAAAGACUAAACAUGAAUUGCACAUUGCUAAGGGUUACAGAAAGGACAAGGUUACUUGUAUGGACAACUUAAAGACCUCCAAAUUACAAAAUGCUCCCAAGAAACUGUUCCUAAGCAGAAGUAUUAUUGGAACCCCAGCAGAAGAAUUUCAGGUGGGAAUGAAGCUUGAAGCAGUGGACAGGAAGAACCCUUCCUUGGUGUGUGUGGCCACCAUCGCAGAUAUUGUUGGAGAUCGCCUACUUGUGCACUUUGACAACUGGGCUGACAGCUAUGAUUAUUGGUGUGAUAUUUAUAGUCCUUUUAUUCAACCAGUUGGAUGGUGUCAGAAAAAUGGAAGAACUCUGAUAGCACCCCAAGGUCAUCCUGAUCCGGAAAAUUUUUCUUGGACAGACUAUUUGGAAGCUACACAGUCUUCUGCAGUACCAGUCAAAGCUUUUAAAAUGCGAAAGCCUCAUGGAUUCCUGGUGAAUAUGAAACUUGAAGCAGUAGAUAAACGUAAUCCCAGUUUAAUUCGUGUUGCCACCAUCGUAGAUGUAGAUGACCAAAGAAUAAAGAUCCACUUUGAUGGCUGGAGUCACAAAUAUGACUAUUGGAUGGAUGUUGACAGCCCUGACAUUCACCCAAUAGGAUGGUGCAAUAUGACAGGUCACCCACUGGAAGUGCCAUAUCGAGAAAAAGAUGAGAAAAUUGCUCCAGGCCAAGCUGUUUGUCCCACUCCAGGAUGCAGGGGAGUAGGCCAUAUCAGAGGUCCAAGCUACAUGGGACAUCACAGUGCUUAUGGCUGCCCCUAUUCAGACAUAAACUUGAAAAAGGAGGCAAUGCUUCAUCAUCGUUUGGGAAAAGAAACACAGGCAAAUUUCGUGGCCGACCCUUCACAUUCAAAAUUGAAAGGUCUUUGUAGUGUGAACUUCAAUGGAAAACAUGAAAAGUUGAACAGUAAACUAAGACUUGUACAGCAGGCAAAGUGUCUGAAAAUCAAAGGAAAAGAAGAUAUUGACUUGGAUAAUUUGUUCAGAGAAUACUCUACUGAAAGUACACAACAGGCCCUCCACCAGUCAGUCUUCCUGUCUGCCAUGUCAAUCCACCCCUCCCGGGACCUUCCCCUCUGCAGGGAACAGCAUUGCAAACUUCUUCCAGGUGUGGCUGAUAUCGAGGCAAGCGAAGUAGCCAAAUGGACUGUUGAUGAGGUGGCAAAUUUUGUGCAAAGCCUUCCAGGCUGUGAAGAUCAUUCCAGAUACUUCAAGAAAGAGCAGAUUGAUGGCAAAGCCUUCCUGCUUCUGACACAAUCAGAUAUAGUCAAAGUGAUGCGCAUUAAACUUGGCCCAGCAUUGAAGAUUUAUAAUUCCAUCCUGAUGUUCAGGAAUGCCCAGGACCUCGGAGAAACAGAUUCUGCCUCUAGCAAAGUCAUCAGGGAAUAGAUGCACCACACUCUUCUGGACACCUUGAACUUAGGUUAUUCAAGCAAUAAAAUCUGGAAUAUGUUAAUUUGA